CGUCCCGCCAAGCAGAACGCCGAUCCCAAAUGCUUAUUUUAAUGACCGCCUACUGCGGCCAAACCCUGACGACGCUGGGCCAAUUGUGCGCCGCCCUAGUGGAAAAGUCGAAGCGAGAGCGCUCACUCUCGCCAAAUUAUGUCUAGAAUAAGCCGAAUACUUUUUGGGGGCUUAAUUUGCAGUCCUAAACUUGUCUCCUGCCUUCCCGUCUAUGGUGGAGACAUGAGCAUCUCGUCAUUAUAUACACCUCUAUGGUUUAAUAAACAUUUUACCAAUUUGACUAAACGCCACAAGAGGUCGUAUUUGUCAUAGCUUGGUUUUAGUCGGCUGGUCAGUAUGUCUGACAUUUCGUCAAAGGCGGUGAAUGACGGGUUGUCUGCCAAAUAUGAUGGGAAACAAAUCAUAUCAUUUGAAAUGUAUAUGUAAUCAACGGAGAGACGAUAGCUUGUCAGAAUAGAGAGAGUCUGGCUUUACGUAAUUGUUUCAAAGGUGCACAUUCUAAAACGGUAAGUGGUGUUUAGCUUGCUAGCUAGAUACAUUUGAGCAGGCUAACGUUAGCUAGCUAGAGAGACAUUUAAGGCAGUUUUUAGUUGUAGCUAAAUUAUGCUCUCAUGAUUGAGAGCUUGAAGCUACUUAUCUAUGCUUUGUCAUGAGAAACUCAAAACACUGCCUUUUCAACGCAUGUCCACCGUCGCAGACUGCUGACAAACCAGCUUGCUUUGUUAUUCGCUAUAUUUAGCUACAAAUGCUGGCUGGUUAGCAGAAUUGAUUGACUGCAAACAUGUGCUAAGCUACCUAACGUUAACUAAUUGCAUUACAAUAUGCUAUGCAUGUGGCAAAAUAAAGACUUCUACGCAUCACGUUUUAAUUGUCUACUGCCAGUUGCUGUAGGCUGUUGCAUUAUUUAUCAACAAUAUUGUUUUUCCCCCACAGUGUUCGUAAAUGUUUUUGAGUCUCAAGCAAGGUGGUGUCUGUCAUUCAGAUACAUUUGAGUCAGUGCAUUAUAAGAACGCAUCAGUAGUGAUUUUUAAAGCUUACAUUAAAGGGGUCUUGAUUGGUUGAUUGACCACCUAGGGCAAUUUCAUAUGACUGUUUUGGGAAUGUGGUUGACUUUUUGUUUGUUUUUGUAGGCAGUAAUAAGCACUAAUAAAGGGUUAAUCUCAGGAAAACAGUUAACUACUUCCUAGAUGCAUUCUCUGUCCAUGGGGCAGGGCUGUAGCAGCAGCAGCUCAGGUGCCCCCUCUGGCUCGGUGGUACAGGUGUGCUUCCCCAGCUCCCAGGCGUCUGUACUGGACAGCCUGAACAGGCAGCGCGAGGAGGGCCAGCUCUGUGACCUCUCCAUCCAGGUCCAGGGGCAGGUGUUCAAGGCCCACCGCUGUGUGCUAGCUGCAUCCUCACCCUACUUUCACGACCAGGUGCUCUUGAAGAACAUGUCCACCGUCUCCAUCCCUGCCGUCAUGGACCCACUGGCGUUUGAGAGCGUCCUGAGCUGCGCCUACACGGGCCAGCUGCGCAUGCUCCGCGAAGACAUCGUCAACUACCUCACCGUGGGCAGCGUGCUGCAGAUGUGGCACAUCGUGGACAAGUGCACAGAGCUACUCAAAGAGGGGCGGGUGACGGGGAGUGGUAGUGCAACCCAGGGUGUCAUUGGGGGAGCGCAGGGGAACCCUGGAUGCAGUAGCAGUGAAAGCUCCCUAGGGGCUGGGAGUGCCCAAGCCGGGGGAAGCAACACCCAGCCAGCCCCUCCCCCUCCCAGCCGCCCAUCCCUGAGUGAGAGCCAGUCUCCCAGCAGCACCAACUACUUCAGCCCCAGAGACACUAACUUCGGAGGGGGAGUGGCGGCCGCUGGAGCUGCAGGGGAGGGAGGCGUGAACUCCACCCCCAGCUACUGCACCCCUUCUGGGGGCGAAGAGGCUUUCCUCAUCGAAGAAGAGGAUGAAGAAGAGGAAGAAGAGCUCCUAUACCAUAGGAAGCGAGGGAGCAGCAGGAGGAAGCCGACGGCCUCUGUCUCAGACCAAGAGGUUGGAGUCAGCGACAGCUUCGGGGUGUCGUCCUACCAAGACGGGGAUGCCUCCCCUCUCCAGAAGCGGCCCACAUACAGCCAGCCCAGCAUCAUGCCCCGGAAGCAGUGGGUGGUGGUAAAAACAGAGAGGCCCCAGGAUGAUGACCUGAUCGUGGUGUCAGGUGAGGAAGGACCAGAUGAGGAAGAGGAGAGAGAGUUGGAGAUGCUGAGGGAGAGGGAGAGGACGUUCAACAUAUCCAACAUUAGGACUCUGUCUGGAGAGUUGAGCAGCAAAGCGGACCAUGAGAUGGAGACACAGAUCGAUUACUGCCAGUCUUCUGAAGACUACCUCAAGUUUGACAGUGGUUUGAUGGACCAGACUCCCCCACAGCACCUUCAUGACAGCGCUGGUCAGGGUGGUGGCAGAACCGUCUCAGCCCUACUAGGCCAAGUCCAGUCUGCUGCUGCUGCUAGAGCUCAGCUCUUUCCCAUAGACAUGCAAGGCAACCAGAUCCUCAUGUACAGACAAUCCUCUCUAGAUUCCUCUCAACCCAUAGGAAUGGGAGGUGGUAUGGCCGGGGCACCAUUUAAAGGGCCAAACCUGGAGCAUGGAGCAGUCCAUUUGUCAGCACAGGGGGGUUUGGGCGGUGGCUUAGAUGGACUGGAUGGGGGUGGUGGCGGGAGUUCAGGGAAGGUGUUCAUGUGCCACUGUGGAAAGACCUUCACUCACAAGAGCAUGCGCGACCGUCACAUCAACAUGCACCUGGACCUGCGGCCUUUCAACUGCCCGGUUUGCGCCAAGAAGUUCAAGAUGAAGCACCACCUGACGGAGCACAUGAAGACCCACACGGGGCUCAAGCCCUACGACUGCCACGGCUGCGGCAAGAAGUUCAUGUGGCGCGACAGCUUCAUGCGGCACCGCUCCCACUGCGAGGGACGGAGCGGAGCGGCUGGCAGGAGCGAGGAUGGGGGAGGGUCCGACCGCGCUGAUGGGAUCUCCCCACAGCAUCUCCCCCUCUCGACCAGCGAGGCCGGUCACGGUGUCGUUGGUGGCAGGAAUGGGAACUCUGUCUUGUCCCCACAUCAUUCCAGUACAGGUAGCAGCAGUAAUGCUGUCUCUUGCCUGACCAUGGCCAGUUCUGGAGUGCUCUUAGGGGUCAACUCUCAGAGCGUGAUGCAGGGUCAAGGUUCAUCUGUGUUUGGUCUGGGGGUCAGCCGAGGUGGGUGUGAGGAGGAAGUGUGUGAAGUUGGUGCUAAUGAUAGUGUCACUUAAACACUCGUGUUGUUCACCCGUUUGGUUAAAGAGGCUUUCCAAUGACCAUUGGAAAGUGCCCCCCUUUGGCAAAUGGCUCGUGACCAUUGUACAGUUCAGUAUACUCUUAAAUGUCAAGUUUAUUCUCUGUAUGACUGUUUAGUGGCACAUUCUAUGUCAAGAAAACCAAAAAUCAAGAGACAAUAACUCACCAAUGACAGCAUUGGCAAAAUGUUAAGAGUUCGAGAGGAAAGUUGCUGUUGUAAGUGAUGUGUCCUAUGAUAUUAUACGCCUUUUCUGCCACAGAAUGUGCAUUUCAAGUAAGUGUCUGAAGAAGACACUUGCAGUACUGCCAUCUUGUUUCACACUGGUGAUGUGUCCACUAUCCAAUUGCAGUGUUAUGGUACAGUAUUACUGUAAAUAUAAUCCUAUUAUCAGUUACUAAUCUGUUACCAUUAUGAUAGGUGCAAAACUAUACAGUGUAUAGUGCGUUUUUAUAAGUAAUCCUCAUAAGUAUUGAUGGUAGACAAAGCAUUUAGUCUGGAGAUUAGGUUUCUUACAGAUCGUUCCUCACUCAAACUGCCAAAUUCCAACGCCUGCCUUGAGACAUUGACUACUAUUAACAGUAGGGUGGCUAAACAAAGCAGUAUCCACUGUGAUUCUGUAUGUUUAACUGAGGUUUUACCUUCUAUGAAGGCUCUGGAUGUAUUUUUCUGCAGGAGAAAAAAAACUGGUCUGGAUCUAAGAGAAAGACGUGGUGUUUUCAGUGUAUACUUAUCUGUUAGGUCAGGAUUGGUAAAAUGUAUGAAAGAUGUAGCUCGUGUUUGCAGCAGUUUGAUGGAUGAAAUUUGAUUUGAAGUGAGCUUAAACUAAGUGUAUAUAAAGAUUUAUGUUUAGAUAGAUUUAUCAAAUAGGGAAUAUAGAACUAUUUAACUCUAAUUUGUCAUUUGACUGCCUUACUAUAGCAUACAGUGGGCGUAAGGUUAGAAAUUGACACCCUUGAUAAAGAUGAGCAACAAAUGACUGUAAAGUAAUUGAAAUACUGAGCUACAUGGUAUCCCCCCCCAAAAAAAUUCUUGGGAAAUGAUUUUAUACUGAUACAAUUGCUCAGAGAGAUUUUGUUUAACAAGUAAUAUUCAUUCUCAAAAGAUAGGGCUCAAACUUAUUGACACCCCUGUUUUCAGUACCUUGUGAGGAUAACAGCACUGAACCUUUCUCUAAAUGGUUUAUGAGUUGGAGAACACAUUACGAGGUAUCUUGGACCAUUCCUCCAUACAAAAUCCAUCCAGAUCCUUGAUAUCUGUUGUCUGUGCUUAUGUCAGGUAAACACGGCAUCAUGAACUUAACCCAGAACCAGGAAAUGUAUGCCAAAAACCUGGUUACCUCCAGUGAUGUAAAGUACUUAAGUAUUUUUUGGGUGAAUAUCUGUACUUUACUAUUAAUGACAACUUUUACUUCACUACAUUCCUAAAGAGUAUGUACUUUCACCUCCAUAAAUUUUCCCUGACACUCAAAAGUACAUUACAUUUGGAAUGCUUAGCAGGACAGAGAAAUGGUUCAAUUCACACUUAUCAAGAGAACAUCCCUGGUCAUCCCUACUGCAUCAAUCUGGCGGACUCACGAAACAAAUGCUUCAUUUGUAAAUUAUGUUGGAGUGUGCUCCUGGCUAUUCAUACUUUUUUUUAAAGAAAAUGGUGCUGUCAGGUUUGCUUAAUAAGGAAUUUGAAAUGAUUUAUGCUUUUACUUUUGAUACUUAGUAUAUUUUUGCAAUUACAUUUACUUUAUAUUUAAAACAAUAUUUUUACUCAAGUAGUAUUUUACUGGGUGACUUUCACUUUAGUCAUUUUCAUAUUUAAGGUAUUUUGAAUUUGACUAAAGUAUGAGUAUUGGAGACAUUAUCCACCACUGGUUGCCUCUGCCAGGAAUAUAAAACUUGUCCACAAGUGGAUCUUCCAGCAAAACAAUAACCCCAAGCACACAUCAAAAUCCAAAGUAAGGGUAAAACUUUAUUUUUAUUUUUUAAAUUUCAACAGCCAUCUGUCUCCAGACUUAAACCAUUGAAAACCUGUGGUUUGUAUUGAAGAGGGCAGUCCAUAAAUGCAGGCAAAGGAUCUGGUGGAAUGGUCUAAGAUCCCUCCCAAUGUGUUCUCCAACUCAUAGCAUUUUUUUGAUAACAUUAUCCCCACAAGGUGAGGUAUUGAAAACAGGUAUACAUUUUUUACCCUUACUUAGAGAAAAUAAAGUAUUAAACAAAAAGCAAUUUCUGAGCAAUUGUAUUAGUAUAAAAUAAUAAUUUCAAUUUUUUUGUUACAUACAAUAUAGCUCAGUAUUUGAAUUGUAAUUUUUGCUGAUCUUUAUCAAGGUUGUCUAAUUUCAGACUUCACUGUAUAUAGAGAUAAAGUGCUUCUGGUCAAUAUUGUAUUGACAGGUGUGAUUAUUGUAUUGACAGGUGUGAGUCACAGGCUCAAAAAAAGAAGUCUAGACUCCCUCUUAAUUGUCAAGUUGGCUGCUAUUUGUGUGGGACUGAAAGGGAAUUCCAUUGACUGUUCAAUAACUUGCCUGGCUGCAUUUCAUAGCAUUUACACCACAUAAUAAUGAAUUCAACUUCAUGUACUGUAGCACCUUUUCAUCAAAUCUCAAAGUUCGUACCAUUGUUUGAGGCUUAGCAGCCGUUAUUCAGUUGUCAUCUUUAUGGCAGGACAAAUACCUUUUUUUCCAUCAAGGGAAAAAUGUAGAAAGCUUGUAGCUGCUGCACACUAGGUCUGACACAACGCUACUGUUCUUUGCAGCUUCUGAAUAGUGCAUAUUUUGGGUUACAUUUGAUUUGGUAUUGAACACAUUGUUGUUGCACAUGCUUAUAGAGCCGGAGUUGUCUUUUUUGGCCUACGGUAACAAUGGAUAAGUACAUCAAUGUUAUCUUUACUAAUCUGUAUCAAAAGGCAAAAAUAAAACUGGUAAUUUAUUUA